AUGUAUCUCCUACUCCUCCUAAUAACAUCCUCCCUCGCCUCGGAACUAACAGUCAACACAACCAGCGGCCCAAUCCACGGCUUCUACAAUGACACCACCCAAACCGUCCGCUCAUUCCUCGGAAUCCCCUACGCAGAACCCCCAACGGCAUCCCAUCGCUUCCUCCCAGCAGUCCCAAAAACAUACUCACCCUCCCCAUUCAACGCAUCGUCUUUCGGACCGACAUGUCCGGGUUUAUACACCUUCUCCAAUGAGUCGAUCUGGUCUGUACUACCCUACCUACCAUGGAACACGGAUAGUAUGAGCGAGGACUGUUUGUCGCUUAACGUGUGGGCGCCUGCAAAACGCCACAAGAGUGGUAAAAGGGAUGGAAAAGCAGCCGUCAUGAUGUAUGUAUACGGGGGCGCAUUCACGCAGGGCAGCACGGCAAUCCCAUUCUACGAUGGGAGUAAUAUCGUCAGAGAUAAUGAGGAUGUGGUUGUCGUGACGUUUAAUUAUCGGGUUACGGUCUUUGGGUAUCCGAAUGCGCCGGGUGUGCGGCAGAAUGCUGGGUUGUUGGAUCAGAGACUGGCAGUGGAAUGGGUGCAGCAAAACAUCGCUAACUUUGGUGGUGACCCAUCUCGAAUCAUGCUCUUUGGACAGUCUGCUGGUUCGGCUUCGGUGGAUAUUUAUGCUCAUGCUUACCCCGAUAAUCCAAUCGUCCACGCAUUUGGCAUGGAAUCCGGCGCAGCAAACAUAAUAACCAGCAACGACACCACCUACCAGAACUGGGAUAGACUUUCUAAAGCUCUCGGCUGCGGAUCAGGCAGCGAAAGUCUGGAAUGUAUGCAGAAGAAGCCAUUCGAGGAUAUUCUGGAUGAAGUAUCAGGUGAUUAUGAAUUUGCACCGCUGCAGGAUGAUAUCAUCGUGUUUGCGGAUUAUACGAAGAGGAGGGCGGCAAAAGUUCCUACUCUACUUGGUGGAACUAAACGCGAGACAGCCGCGUAUUUCAACCUGAGUUCGGCUUCGAUUAAUGAGACGUUGGAAUUUGCUCAGACGCAGACUACGUUUAAUUGUCUGAUCCAGGAAGCUGCUUUACUACGAUAUAAGCAGAAUAUCCGAACCUGGCGAUAUCUAUACCACGGUAACUGGAAGAAUCUAUCUCCAACAAGAUGGCUGGGUGCAUACCACUCGAGCGAUGUCCCAAUGGUAUUUGGAACAUACAACAAAACCACCGCUAGGGUUCCCUCUUCAGCAGAGCAAGUCAAAAGCAGUCGAUAUAUCCAGGGCGCAUGGGUUGCAUUUGCCAAAGACCCGCAAAAUGGACUGGAAACGUAUGGAUGGCCUCGAUAUAAUCCUGAUGAAAAAACAUUGAUCAAUCUUGCAUUGAAUAAUACCAUCUCUGCUGCCUUUUCAUCGGCAAAGAACUGGGAUAGUCACUGUGAUGGAUCUUCAUAUGUUGCUUAA